UGAAACAAGAUGGCUGUGCGCGCAGGAGGAGCAGCGGGGGAGAGCUGAGGCAAUGCAGAGGAGGAAGAAGAGGGGGGCGAGGAAUUCACUCCCGUGUGUCUUGUCCUGCCAAAAGAGCAACAGCUCCGCGGAGAAACAGACGAGCGCUUCUGAGAUGAUGCGGAUUUGUUUCCGGUACCUUUUAGGGUAACGGUUUUUUGGCGGUUUGACUUCUUUUUGUUGUAACCAAGAGACAAACGGACUGACCAAACAAAAUCACGGAGCACUCAGUAGAGGACAGCCGGGGACGCUCACGCCGCUAUCAGAGAUGUCCCUGCUGUGUGUGGGAGUGAAGAAAGCCAAGCUGGAUGGACCCCAAGAGAAGUUCAACACUUAUGUGACUCUAAAGGUACAAAAUGUGAAGAGCACAACCAUUGCUGUCAGGGGCAACUUGCCCAGCUGGGAGCAAGACUUCAUGUUCGAAAUUAACCGCCUGGACCUGGGUCUGACAGUAGAGGUGUGGAACAAAGGAUUAAUCUGGGACACCAUGGUUGGCACUGUGUGGAUUCCUCUUCGUAGCAUCAGACAGUCAAAUGAGGAAGGUCCAGGGGAGUGGCUCACACUGGAUUCUCAGGUCAUCAUGGCUGACAAUGAGAUUUGUGGCACCAAAGAGCCCACUCUCCACCUGGUGCUGCUCGACACGCGCUUUGAACUGCCUCUCGAUAUCCCGGAGGAUGAGGCACGAUACUGGGCCAAAAAACUGGAGCAGCUCAACGCCAUGAGGGACCAAGAUUAUUCAUACCAGGAGGAGCAGGAACGCCCUCUCCGUGUACCAGGAACCCAAUGCUGUAACUGGAGUCUAUGGGGAGACCAACAAAAUGAAGACCCAGACAGUGCUGUGGACGACAGGGACAGCGACUAUCGCAGUGAAACCAGUAAUAGCAUCCCCCCUCCCUACUACAGCACAUCCCAGCCCAAUGCCUCUGUCCACCAGUAUCCCAUCAGCCAGCAGCACCGCGGCUCCAGAAGCUUCUCUUACCCACGCUCUGGCAACAGCCACGACCUCGAAUACCAACAUCAGAGGACUGUCAGUCCCUCGGGGAGCUAUGCAUCAUCUGCAGAGCUGAGCCGGUGCAGCAGUCAGCUGAGCGAGGAGGACUAUGGCGGUGAAUAUGGCGAAAGGGAUCCUUACGACGAGAACGACUCUUACCACUCCUGCCACUCCUCGGUCAGCUACAGUAAAGGCUCUCCAGACUGGGACCCCGAUGAGACCCAAGGGGCGUACAGUGAUGAGGGCGGCUACAGCAAAGACGGGGGAGAGGAGGUGGCUCUGUACGAGGAGGAUGAUGUAGGACUGUAUGGGGGAGAAGAGGAGGGCCUCUAUGAGGAUGAGGAGAUGAUGUAUGACGACGAGGAUUUGUACAAUUUGGAUGGGACCCUCAGUGAGGACAUGGAGCCUCCAUUCACCCCCACCCCAACAUCAACAGCCCCCCCAGCUCUGGAUGUGCCCAGCUCCAGACCUCCUCUAGAGAAACAACCCUCCUUACACCAACAGCAGCCCCCCGCUCAACCCCCUAACCAAACAUCCAACCAGUCUCACCCCCCAUCGGCACAGCCCCCUUCUUGUCAACCAACAGCCCAACCACCUAAACAACCCCAGCCCCAAGCACAGCCUCAGCCAGCCCCGUCUGCCACUUCCUUCUUCUCAAUGGCCAAACCUCUAACAGCUGCAGUCACAGGCUUGGCCUCUACUUUCCUGUCUUCUGUUCCCACCGCCCAGCCUGCCCAGUCUCACCCUCCAACUCCAGCCGUAUCUCAACAACACCAAUCUGCCGCAGGCAAAGCUGUCCCUCCAUCCCACCCAGCCACCACGACUAACUCACCCUCCCAGGGCCCCUCCACUACUGUGGACCCUACCUCCCAGCAGAUCCCAUCCUCUAGGCAGCCUCAAUCCCAUCUCAACGGUUCUGCUACCACACAGUCAGCUGCCCCUGAGGAACAGGCUCUCCAGCUGGAGGAAGAGCCAUGGCUUGAUGAGGAAAUGAUGUUGGAGAAGGAGGCCAUGACGCCCCCUGCUCAGCCAGAGGAGAAGCUCCCCAUGGAAGGGAAAGAGGAGCAUUUCGAAGAGAGCAGGCCGCCGACGCCAGAAGAGGAAGAAGAGAUGCCGCCUGAGAGUCCUCCAGUCAUAGAGGAGCCCAAAGAGCCAGUGGAUCCAGCAGUCAGAGCCAAAGAGAACUGGCUAAGGCUCUACAACAAAGUCUUAGAACAGCUUCGGGAGGCUCGAGGAGAGACCUCCAGUUCGCUGUGGUUUGGUAAAGGAGGAAUGGGAGGUGCACUCUACAGUAUCGACAGCAUGCCUGACCUUCGCAAGAGGAAAGCCAUUCCUCUUGUCAGAGAUCUGGCAAUGUCCCUAGUACAGAACUCUCGCAAGGCUGGAAUCACCUCCGCCAUGGCUUCCACUACUCUUGGCAAUGAAGAGCUGAAAAGUCACGUCUAUAAAAAGACCCUGCAGGCACUGAUCUACCCCAUCUCCUCCACCACCCCACACAACUUUGAGGUGUGGACAGCCACCACCCCAACUUACUGCUAUGAAUGCGAGGGGCUGCUUUGGGGUAUUGCCCGACAAGGCAUGCGCUGCUCCGAGUGUGGCGUCAAAUGCCACGAAAAGUGCCAGGACCUGCUCAACGCUGACUGUCUGCAGAGAGCUGCAGAGAAGAGCUCCAAACACGGGGCAGAGGACAGAACCCAGAACAUAAUCAUGGUCCUGAAGGACCGCAUGAAGAUCAGAGAGAGGAACAAACCAGAAAUAUUUGAGCAAAUCCAGGAAGUGUUCGGCCUGGACAAAACAACACACGCCACGCUAAUGAAGCAAAUCAAGCAGAGUGUGCUUGAUGGGACCUCCAAGUGGUCAGCAAAGAUCAGCAUCACUGUGGUAUGUGCUCAGGGCCUGCAGGCUAAAGACAAAACAGGCUCCAGUGACCCUUAUGUGACUGUUCAAGUAGGGAAGACCAAGAAGAGAACCAAGACCAUCUACGGCAACCUUAACCCCGUCUGGGAAGAAAACUUCCACUUUGAAUGCCACAACUCGUCUGACCGCAUCAAGGUGCGCGUGUGGGACGAGGAUGACGACAUCAAGUCGCGUGUGAAACAACGGUUCAAACGUGAGAGUGAUGACUUCCUGGGUCAAACCAUCAUCGAAGUCCGGACUCUGAGCGGGGAGAUGGACGUUUGGUACAACCUGGACAAGAGAACUGAUAAGUCUGCUGUGUCAGGAGCCAUCCGGAUGCACAUAAGUGUGGAGAUCAAAGGAGAGGAGACGGUUGCUCCCUACCAUGUCCAGUACACCUGUCUACAUGAGCAUCUGUUCCAGUACACCACUGAGGAGCAGAAUGGCGGCGUAGUAAAGAUCCCAGAUGCCAAAGGGGACGAUGCCUGGAAGGUGUAUUUUGAGGAGACGGCUCAGGAGAUUGUGGACGAGUUUGCCAUGAGAUACGGAGUAGAAUCCAUCUACCAGGCUAUGACCCACUUUGCUUGCUUGUCAUCUAAGUACAUGUGCCCAGGAGUGCCAGCUGUGAUGAGCACCCUGCUUGCCAACAUCAACGCUUACUACGCCCACACCACCCAGUCCUCCAACAAUGUUUCUGCCUCAGACAGAUUUGCUGCAUCAAACUUUGGCAAGGAGAGGUUUGUCAAACUGCUGGAUCAGCUGCACAACUCCCUGAGGAUCGACCUGUCCAUGUACCGGAAUAACUUCCCUGCCAGCAGUCCUGAAAGACUACAAGACCUCAAGUCCACAGUUGAUCUCUUGACUAGUAUCACAUUCUUCAGGAUGAAGGUCCAGGAGCUGCAGAGUCCCCCCAGGGCGAGCCAGGUGGUGAAGGACUGCGUAAAAGCCUGUCUCAACUCCACCUACGAGUACAUUUUCAACAACUGCCAUGACCUCUAUAACAGGGAAUAUCAGACAGACCCUUCAAAGGCUGUCCCUCCGGAUGAGCAGGGUCCCAGCAUCAAAAACCUGGACUUCUGGUCCAAACUCAUCACCCUCAUUGUCUCUAUCAUAGAGGAGGACAAAAAUUCCUACACGCCUUGCCUCAAUCAGUUUCCCCAGGAACUGAAUGUGGGCAAGAUCAGCGCGGAGGUCAUGUGGAAUAUGUUUGCACAAGAUAUGAAAUACGCCAUGGAGGAGCAUGAGAAGAACCGCCUGUGUAAAAGCGCAGAUUAUAUGAACUUGCACUUCAAGGUGAAGUGGCUCUAUAAUGAGUACUGCAAGGAGCUGCCCACUUUCCAAAAGCAUGUACCCGAAUAUCCAGCCUGGUUCGAACCGUUUGUCAUCAUGUGGUUGGAUGAGAACGAAGAAGUGUCCAGAGAUUUUCUACAUGGAGCCCUGGAGAGGGACAAAAAAGACGGGUUCCAGGUCACCUCGGAGCACGCUUUGUUCUCGUGCUCAGUGGUGGAUGUGUUCUCUCAGCUCAAUCAGAGCUUUGAAAUCAUCCGCAAACUAGAGUGUCCCGACCCUCAGAUUGUUGGCAACUAUAUGAAGAGAUUCGCAAAGACCAUCGGCAACGUCCUGCUGUCUUACGCUGACAUCAUUGCAAAGGAAUUUCCAAAUCAUGUGAAGAAGGAGAAAGUCCCAUGUAUCAUCAUCAAUAACAUCCAGCAGCUCAGGGUUCAGUUGGAGAAGAUGUUUGAGGCUAUGGGAGGCAAAGAUCUCAAUGUCGAGGCUAGCGACUUCCUGAAAGAGCUGCAGAACAAACUCAACAGUGUAAUGGACGACCUCAGCCGCAUCUUUGCUGUCAGUUUCCAGCCCCAGAUCGAGGACAACGUGAGGCAAAUGGGUGACAUUCUAGCCCAGGUAAAAGGUCAGACCGUCCCGGCCAACGGCAGCGUGGUUCAGGAGGCCGACAACGUCCUGCAGCCCAUCAUGGACUUCCUGGACAGCAACCUGUCGCUGUUUGCUAAGAUCUGUGAGAAGACAGUCCUGAAGAGAGUGCUGAAGGAGCUGUGGAAACUAGUUAUGAACACAAUGGAAAAAACUAUCGUGCUUCCAACGCUUACUGACCAGACGGGCACCCAGAUGAUCUUCAACGCUGCCAAGGAGUUGGGCCAGCUGUCCAAACUCAAGGAGCACAUGGGGCGAGAGGAGGCCAAAGCUCUAACUCCUAAACAGUGUGCAGUAAUAGAGCUGGCACUGGACACUAUUAAGCAAUACUUCCACGCCGGUGGUGUGGGCCUGAAGAAAACGUUCUUGGAAAAGAGUCCGGACCUGCAGUCUCUGCGCUACGCCUUGUCUCUGUACACCCAGGCCACAGACAAGCUCAUAAGGAAGUUUGUCCUCUCACAGAGUGCUCAGGUCCACGGAGGGAAAGGGAUCAGGUGCACGGCAAACGAAGACACACCGCCAGAGAAAGCAUCUGGAGUGGAUGCAGUUGGCGAGGUGGUCAUGUGCGUGGACAUUUUACCCCAACCUAAUGGAGAGCACAAGAUCAGUGUGAAAGUGGUGGCUGCUAAUGACCUAAAAUGGAAGGCGCAGGGCUUCAGGCCCUUUGUGGAAGUCUACAUCAUCGGCCCUCACCUCAGUGACAAGAAGAGGAAAUUUGCCACCAAGUCGAAGAACAACACCUGGUCACCCAAAUUCAGUGAGAGCUUCCAGUACUCCUUGGGCACUGAGGUCGGUCCAGAGAGCUACGAGUUGCAGGUGUGUGUGAAGGACUACUGCUUCGCCAGAGAGGACCGCACCGUGGGCAUUGCCUUGCUGCAGGUGAAGGACAUAGCCAGCAAGGGCAGCGUCACCUGCUGGAUGCCGCUGGGCAGACGCAUCCACAUGGACGAGACGGGCCUGACGGUGUUGCGCAUCCUCUCUCAGCGCAACAACGAUGACGUGGCGAAAGAGUUCGUCAAGCUCAAGUCGGACCAGCGCUCAGCCGAGGAGGGCCGCAGCUGAGGAGGGGAGGGGGCUGAGAGCGCGAGGACACGCGUGUGUGCGCAAAGACACCAGAAAAAAUACCCGAAAUACAUCGUGUUAUGCACAUAUAUAGAACUCACACCUACAUAGACAACCAUGUGCAAUACACAAGCACACACGAAAAAUGCUCAAUUGUACAUAUAUCUGCAUACAUUAUGCAACAUUUACAUUGCAAUGUUAUCAAUGCAAACAUGGAGGAAUAUGUUUAUAAAAAUUCACGUUUCAUUUUGAAUAUUUCAACAGCUCAGCUCAAAGCAAUUGUCAGUCCCUCACUCAAUUUUUCCUAGAACACAUCACACCUUUUAUACGCUGUACACUUAGAUGUAAUCCAAGGCAGCGCAGAACAACAAAACCAUGUGAAUAGAUUGAGAACGACCACUUUGCACUUUUGCUUCUCUGUGUCUUCAGGAGAGCAGUCCUUACCUAGAUAUGCUCUGUCCGUAUGUCCGCUUGUCUGACUGUGUGUCGUUCUUCCAGUCCGUCAUCCCCGCCCCUCCCCCUCCCCAGUCCUUUGCUCUGCGCUGUCUUCCCACAGUGUGAUGUGUUGUGUACGUUGGAGGUGGUCUGUUGGAGGCACUGAUCUAAGAUCAGCUUUGCUAUUGCCCCAAAAAUCCAAAUAGAGAAAAAAACACUGACCUUAGAUCAGUGUUCAGGGGCAACACCACCACUAGUCUGUCCUGUCAUGUGCUAACGUCCUGCAUGUUGACCCCAGGAACACUGUGACUGACUUUGCUGUAUGGCAACUGUUCCUCUCCCCACACAUAAAAGAUGGGUGCCACAAAUAUUUUACCUGUGUGAGCAUGGUGCACAUAUAACCCUGGUACGAUAAGGUUUUAUAAUUAUGACCUGACUCACCUUCAUUAUCAUGGAGAAAACACACCGACGGUUGGGGGGAAAACGCUGAGCCUGAUAUGUGCUGUGUUGAUACAAGCGAAAGUUGUGGCCAUUAAAAUACAAACAGCAACACAUCACAACAAACGAAGCAAUACCCCAGUGUCUGACACAUCCACUCCCUAGAGUGCACAUUAACUCCAAAAAGGGCUACAGGACCAGUGGACUGGGAUGUCAGUUUACGCACUAACACAUACUGCCCAUGCUUCUGUUGGCAAAUUGACCCACAAGCUUCCCCGCCACGUGCCCCUAGUCUGCCUGCGCUGCCAUACAAACCCCGCCACAUUGCAGACAAACUCCGAUUCAGAAAGUCUCUAAUGAGUAACGCCGCGGAGGAACUUGAAAAUAAAUCCAUGUGAAGCCUAAAGGACACAUGAUGCUCAGUGGAAUGCGUUCCCUCCUGAUCGCCUGCACACGUAUCGAGACCUAUCUCUUUAAGGCAAUAGUUGUUUGUAUGUAUGGUCACUGAACAAACCCUCUGUGAACACUGCUGUAUCUUUUGUUAUUGUGUGCAUGCAUGUGUGUGAAGGGGUGUUUGUGUAUAUAUAUAUAUAUAUAUAUAUAUAUAUAUAUAUAUAUAUAUAAUGUGUGUGUGUGAAGGUGUUUGUGGGCUGAUUGCCACACCUGCAAAAUGGGCUCUGAGAUUGUGAGCAAUAUAUUGUACCUACAUACCCAAAAUGUAUGCGCUGUCAACAUAACUACAGCAGCACCAACAGCAAUAUCCACAUCCACGGAAUGGGAAACUUGUGUGUAAAUCACUAAGAUAUUUUAUUUCUGGACUUCCUAUUCCUGUUGGAUGUGUGUAAGCUUGUUCUCACAUGUUUUGGAUAACAGAGAAAGAUAAAUGUUUUGUCCUUGAAUUCCUAUUUGCCUUUAGUAGGACCAAAUUUGCACAUUUGUUGAUUUUUCAAACAAAGAAGCCAUCCGAGUCACCGCCAAGCAUUUAUGUUGUUUAAGCAUUAAUGUUAGUUUCAGUCUUGUCAUGUGCGUAAAUGAACCUCUUUAAACGGUGAGCAAACACUCCCGGCUGUAGUCCGGCUCGUCUUGUAGUCUCUUUGUGAAACAUGAGUAGUGACAGUAGGAUUAAACGUUUUCCUCUUGCUGUGUGGAGCCACACUGGACGUCACUGCUGGCCUGCCACAUGCUGUCUUUACUGAAAGCUGUUCAAUUCUACCAAAAACAAAGCUUCUGAAUGUUAUUUUCCCUCAGCAGAGCCUUCUUUCUACAACCAAAGUGUUUGUUCAAUCCAAAAGCAUGACUAGCCUGGAGGACACAAACUCAUGCCUUUUAAUUUAGGCGAUCUUUGGGCAAACUAGCCUUUUGAAAGGAUCUUUUACCACCCCGUUUAACUCACGGUGCAGUUACGUUGUAUGUAUGUGUCGCCUAAGUAAUCCCAGGGCUCAGGACAAAACUUGACGUGUCAGGUCGAAGAUGAAAAGGCAAAACAAGAAUACCAUAAUCCAUCAUCUAGUUUGGGGCUCGUUGGUUGCCUGCUUCAUGUAUGUAUGUACGCACACAAACACACUGAUGAGACGCACACCUGCACACACACACACCAAUCUCUGCUCAAGCACAAAAAGGGCAUGUGUAAGAUGACACACAUGCAUGCAUGCACGCCGACAAAACCCCGUGGAGACCAAUGACGCCCACCCUGUGAAUAGACUCAACUUACAAUUGCAUGAUGGGAAAACUUUAUCGUGCCAGCACGUGUCUCUUUGAUGUUGACUUUUUUUCCCCCUUGUUUUUAAUUUCCAAAGUUGUGUCAUCAAUGUUUUGUUUUUUUAAAAGGCUUGUGAAUACGUCAUCUGUAACCAAUAUGAAUGUAGUGUGAACACAGAACUCGCAUGAGAGAAUUAUUUUCUACUAAGGAUGUUUCUAAUUUGUUUCUUAUCAUCACUGAUCGUUCUUUAAUGAGGAUGAAGUGGAACUGGAAUGCAGCCUGAUUGUGACCUGCUUCCUAUUAAAAGGACAUUUGUGUCACAAUCUAAA